ACUGGGUGGACCAAAAGAAAAAAUUCAUUUUCAACUAUUUCCUUGCGCUGAAGCAAAAUGCAUAGUGCUCGCGAAAUAUGUUUCCUGGUCAUUUUUGGACACAUUUCAUUCUUCACGAGCGCCAAAAUGUCUCAUCAACAAACUAGUAGGCUCGAAAGGUUCUACUCUCUGAAUUGUAGCUGCACAGACAGAUCAGAGAGUUUGAAUGCACCGAACGGAUGGCGUCCCGAGCGGGAGUCAUAUUUGCCGGUGAGUUAUCGGUUUUUCAUAGAUAGGGAACCAUUACAAAGCGGAGUUGAAGUCAAAGCAAAUUUUUAAAAUACAUCUCUUUAGAGACACGCAGAUGUCAGAUGUCUUAUUAGCCAACUUCGACAUCGAAGAUACACGUAUUUUUUGCUCAGUCCUACAGAUAGAUUUACUGAUCAUAUCAAUAUUCCGCUCUAUUGAUGAAAAUUUUCCGUGUGUAAGUAUUUUGCAUCAGUGAAAGACAUGAAAACGAAUUGAAGCAGCUCAGCUUGGGUAAAAUUUAUACGACUCAAACUGGCUCGUUGACCUUGCUUCGUUCCCUGUUGUUUCGACCAGCUAGGACAAAUACCUGUGAAGUUUGCAAACGAGUUUGCUAUAUAAAGGGGACAGAAAAGCAAAACAUCAUAGGAAUAAUAUGAGCGAAAUACGGACAAAACUCAAAAAAGCGUCAUGUUCAUUCAAAUAUUAUUCAAUUCAUAAAAAUGGCUUUUGCUGGUAAAAACAUCUUCUGUGUUGAUGUCUUAAGCAGAUCACGUGCGUGACAUAUCAGUAUUCUUUGCGGAGAAAGAUUCCGUAACUAGAGGCCCGUUUUUGUGCUCAUCAGGCGAAAAAAUUCCGCGAAGUGGACUUUUUUCCAUACAGGAGUAACUUAAAACUACUUGAAAACAUCUACUCAUAGCGUUUUCAAGCACGGUAACUUUUUGCUCAGUGAUAGAGGAAGAAUGGUCACGAAUUGCCUGCGCGUGAUUUGGCAGACAUAUCUCUUUCACGUGAGAGCAAGAACGCGAAAAUAGGAAGGGGUUGAAACCAGUAAAGGUGGCAUUAGAGCAGUGUUCGGCGAGAUUUUCGCAUUUUUUUUUUUACUUUGAACCCCUAGAUUGGAUUUGAAGCGAACGAAAUGUCUAGUCGUGAGGAUUUCCAAUUUUACUUGGCAGGAGACCGGAAGUAAGGAAAGGCGGUAGCGUUACUUGUCUUUUAUUUCAUAUCAAAGGAAGCUCAGUAUUUUAAUACCGGAUGUACUUAAUAUGUUUGUACUCUUCUGAAAUCUCCUCUGCAAAAAGAAAAAUAAAUAAAAAAUAUGUCUACAUCAAAAUGGAAAGAAAAAAGUUAUACCCGUUCAAAGAGUGGCAAUUAUGACAGGUACUAAAAACUAUUUGACAGCAACCUGCCGCACCUAAUCCUCCCUAUUAGAUCAUCAACCUUUAGGCUUUCGUCAGUUAUUACAGUGUUUUAGCCUUUUAGCUAAAAAUUGAUUUAAAUUUUGAUUCUGUUGCAAAACUUGUGUCCAGCUUCCCACCCCCUUCUCGCUUGAAAGGAAAAUCCAGUAACAGUUCGAGUGAGUUUUAUUUUCCAUUUUUCAGACGAGUGUGGGCAAGCGCAGCCUAUAUGACAGUCACGCGGACGGCGCAUGGCAGCCUUCAUUGAUAUCUUUUAAUUAUAUUUUUCGGUCAUUUCCCUUUCCCACCUCAAAAGCUAAAAGGGAAAUACAUCUUUUCUUUUGGACUAUUAAGUCAGCCCCGUCAGUAAGUCCCUUCGAAAUUUUUUUACUAAUGUCUAAACUUCUUCCUUGUUCAUGUAACAAGCUCUUCAUUGUUGGACAAAUUAUCCUUGUCCGAAACAUAGGAAAUGCAUAGAAAAAAUUAUGGAGAAUAUCCCUUGUGGAGAAAAGAUGUAAAGGGCGAUUGGCUCUCUCCAUUCAAGAGGAAAAGGAUGGGCCCAUCAUGCCCGCUUAGGAAUAUUCGCUUUUUUCCUUUGAGAAUAUAUUGCUUUAGGUAAAUAUAUAAAAAUCAUAUAUGUGAACUGCGGUUGAAGAAACGAAUAUGGAAGCGAUCCCCGCGUCCGUGGGACUGCAGACCGCUAAGAGUCACGUGACCAGACUCUAGCAGUCACGUUCGCCGUUGCGGUCCACGUUUUAAUUUCGGGCACGGCAGUUUUAGGCAAGUCAACUCUCUCGGCACUUUUCUUCGUCCUUUUCGAAAGGUCUAACGAAUGUCAUGUAAAUAUAUGUGAGAUGAGUUCUUUGUUUUCUAGCCGAUCCUUUUGGGACGCUAAAGAACCAAUUUUUAGCCUCAUUUAGUGUAUAAAAUGAAGGACUUCCAUCCUGACUGUAACUCAAGAUGGCGGUGCACAUAUUGAGUGUCAUUAGGUGAAAGUAGGUUUCGAUCCAAAGGGCUGAAAAUCUCGAAACUUCUACCUUCUAACCUCAAACAGCUUAUGGCGUGGUUUUAGAUUUGCGGUGAACACACCAAACGUGGAUCUAAAACUCUCUAACGUAAUUUUAGGCGGACCCCUUUAAAUGUAGUCGUCGUUGUACCCGUUCAGGGUGCUUACGCAAUCUCCAUCCAUUCCCAAAAAAGCAAAUUUUAACCGAGAAAUUUCGGGAUUAAUUCUCGUGCGCGGGGAACAAGGGCAACACUUGACCCAACACUGUGACGUGAUUGUGUUUAAAAAAAAAACCAGUUUUCAUCCGUUCGCCCGCAGACAACAAAACAGCGUUUUUAAAUAUCUUCACUCUGGAGAAUGUUUUUGAAAUGAUGCGUUUUCAUUGACUGAUUUCACCGGAUACAUUUGGACAGAAGGCCAAAUCGGAGAAAAUAAUUUCUGCUUUCAAACGCGAACGUAUACGUGUAGAGGGGGCCUCUAUACUGUAGCUCCGAACACUCACUUGAGUCAAUGGCAACCUUACCACAGGAUCAAACGUACGUAAAAUUUAACUCUACUGCACAAGAAUCUACACCAGACGCUUUCAAAGUUCACGCUAAGAUAUCACUCGACGUAUCCCUUUUACAAUAGGAAUUAAGUUGGGAUUUCUCUAUUUCAUUGCGAAGCCACUCGCAUCAGAUCCAAACGAUUCCAAAGAACGGAAGCUGAAUAGGGAUCUUGCUUACUUUACAACUACAGAGCAGAAAACAACAUUCGGUCAAAAUUAAAAUAUCCUACAUAAUUUGAGACUUUCUGAGAGUAAUUGAAACAAGGCCAUACCAAUAUUAGUGCGAUUUCCAUAAAAACCGAAGUAUAGAGUUGCUGAUUCGAAAAAAAAGAGGUCUGUAUUGACCUCAGAUGACCUUUAAGACUGACUUCCCCUUUUCUCAAAUAAUUCUUAUCAAGCUGUUGUCCUACUGUUCAUACUCGUGCAGCUCAGAAUUUGGCUGUUUACUGUUCUUCAAUAAUCGCACGAUGAAAAUUGAUUCAAAAUUCUCCUAACAGUUAUUUAGCUAGUUGGGUUCUUUAUUUAUUGGGUGCUUGUAGUUAACGCACUUAGACAAAGGAUAGAUGCUCUAAAAGAUCAAACACUCUAGAAAAAUUCGUAACUGAUUGUUUAUUUAAACACGAGCUGCGACUGCUAUAAAUUUGAUCUUAAGGCAAAGCAAAAGCUAAAAUAACUUAUGAUCUCUCCGUUACUGGAGUUAAUUUGAGAAAAAAAGAUAAUUUCUGCACAACUUAACAAUAGAAGUUCAUGGAAUGCUAUUGAUAAUAGGGAUCAGAUAAUGAAUAAAGGUUCAUUACAAAUUCAUAUCACACAAAGGUAACCUUUUUUUCGAUCCCAUGUCUUGAAAGCAAAACUCAAGCCACCAGAAACAUCAUUUAGAACAAAGGAUAACAUAACUAAGAGCUAAAGAGAAUUAUAAGUAAAAUAGAAGAAAGAACCCUAGAGCGCGGGAAACGUGGAUGCCCAAGACGCAAUUGGCUUUAUUUUUGCAUUUAAUUGGUGGAAAAAAGUGACACGAGUUCUCGAGAACUUACUGAAGCAAUGAAUGCACCCCUACAUUACUUUUGCUUCAAUCAAAACUGAUCUUAGUAUGCUAGCUGAUUUGUUUUUAUGAAUUUUUAGAUUCAAUCUGCUGCUAGUUCGAGCUCCGCAGACAUACGGCUUGUGGAAGACCUAAUGAGUAAGUCCUAUUUUGCAUGAUCAAUACAUGAAUUUCUUUAUUUCUUUAUCUGAUUGACCUUCGUGACUUAUUUCUCUGUUACUCGAUUUACUUAUUUCUUCAUUAUAUCCUUUUGUUUGUUUAUCGUCCUUCUGUCGAUUUGGUGAAAUUUAAACUCACUGCUGAACAAACUGUGAUGGAACUGAACCCAAUGAAUAUGCUGGUAGCUCAGAAAUUGAAAUCGCUGAGAUCCGGGAAAACUAGACUUUUAUCUCCCUUAGUGAUAUAGCCCUUCAAGUCAUUUAUGGUACUCUCAAGCCAAACGAUAAUUUCUCCAGGGCAAUUUCUUUUAAGUUUUGAGCAAAGAUGUACCAAUUGCUAAAUCUGAAGGUUUCUGCCGCAGUUUCAUCGCAGAUCUAGGGGUGUACACCAGCAAUCAAAAGGUUUGAAGGUUAAAGUUGUAUCAUCUACAUUUCUAGUGGAUGGAAACAUUGUCGGAAUGAUGCAUUUGGAUGUAAGGCAAGUCAACACGGAUUUUCAGAACCCGCUUAGAAUAAGUAUUGAAUCGGAGGCCGGAAUUGUAUCAGGCCACUUUUUCAACUUCUACGACCAUAAGCCAACUUUUAAACUGGACACCAAUGACCAGAAAUCAAUUUCACUCUCUGGUGGGUCGUUGACAGCGCCAUACGUCAUGGAUCAAUUUCAUUUCCAUGUCUACUGCACAAGGGCGGAGGCUGAGCUCAGUACGCUCGAUCGGGUACAAGUACCUGGCGAGGUAAACGAAAACAUUUCAACCAGUUUGUUCCAAACCUCUGAGAGGUCGUAAGCAUUUUUAACAGGCAUAUAUUCCUGCUCUGUAUCAUUUAUUUGCAGUUACACCUAGUGUUCUUCCGAGAGAAAUAUCAGUCUUAUAACAAGGCUAUGCACAAAUUUGAAGAUGGGCUUGCCGUCAUUUCAAUUUAUUUGGAGGUCAGUAGUAUUUUUCUUAAAAUGAUUUCUGUAUUCCUCGUUAGACUGUGAUCUCAAAAGACUGUUGGCUCAUUCAAGAUGAACUACGUCCGUAAAAUAUUCUGAGUUUUCCUUUGGAAACAUUUACAGUAACUUGCCAAAAUAAAACAUGAAUUAUCUUAACUCCGAAUGGAACUUAAGUUGUUGAGAACUUCUUCCUCCUUCUCCAUUCCCCCCCCUCCCCACACCCAGACACCAAAGUUAGUCGCUCAGAAUAAAGGCGCUUCUUUAUGCUUCUUCAUUUUCGCUCCACGGAGCGAAAACAGCAAAAUUAUGUGUUUACGAACAUGAGCUCUUGGUGCAAGUUAAAAGCAAAGCCUUUAGGGGAGAUUUUCAAAAUUCUUAUAAACGAUAAUUUUCCAAUUUCCCAGAAGUGAGUGCAACUUAAGAAUUGUCUUAUAGGUCCUGAAUGGUUUUUUUUUUGGGAACAACUUCUUUUACCUGAUUACCUCAAACCAACGGUAAGCGCCCUUAAAUCUUAGAGAAAAACCAACAGUGACAAGCUUUCUUAGAGGUCAUGGAAAACGUAAAGGAUUCUAUCGAUUUCCGUUGAUUCUAAAUCAAGAAUGAGUGUGUGUAGGAACUCGUUUCUAACUUCAACUCUUCAUUUCAACUGGCUUUGUAGGUCGGAGAGGGCUUCAACACCACACACAGCGAUCAGAUAGCACACUUCUUAUCUCAUGUGGAUUACAUUUCACAAAAUGAAAGUAAGAAUUGUUCUGAAAAAGUCAUUGUUGGAAACCAUAGCCUAACGUUUGAGAAUUCCACUUUCCACUGCCCUCACCCUGUAACGAAGGUGUUCAUACGUAUAACACUAUACUUAAGCGAGAGCGAGAGCCUGGGCAUGUGCUUGUUCGAUAUUUAUGACCAAACUAGACGUUUAGUUAAGAAUACGUUUUUCCUCCUCGUUAGAUCACACGGUGCCAACAACUGCGUCGGUCAAACAGUUAGCGGCCCCUGUUUUAAAGAAGCAUGGACAGUACGAUGCGUACCGAGGAAACUUAGUGGAACCUAUCCAAUGCAGUGAUUGUGUGGACGUUCUCGUGAUGAAAGAACGAUUUAAAUUGUCCGUUAAACAGGUAAAAUACCGGUUAGACAGCAACUUUUAAACGCCUAUUUGCUGUGACUGAAUUAUUAUUGGUAGCUGCGUAGCUCACGGCUACGAGCGUUCGAUGAAAGCAAAAGGAGCGAGGGUACGAGUAGUAGAGCUCCCUUAAAAACCUUCAGCUCUUUCGGUCCCUUCGAAGUUCAAAGCUAUGGAGCGCACAAAUUACUGCAAAGGCUGCUGGGAUGCCGGCGUCUAGAUAUUGUUGUAGAUGCCUCCUUGUUACUUUUUUCUAAAAACUUACUAAUGGAACAGUGUUCUCUUAUUUUCUACUAGCCUAAGGCAGGAAUGCUGGAAUUCUUUUACAAUUAUAAGAUCAUUCUUUCUCAAUAAGUCAUUUUUUCUGUUGUCUAAAAUAUUCUCCAUAACCAAUGAUUCCACGAUACACUCAACGUUUAUUCCUAACUGUAGGGUACGAAAGGGAGAGGUCUAGAAACAUCAGAACUAUUCAUGAACAAUAAAAAGGCAAGCUUUGAUUUCCACUGAGAAAAGAUAUAUGAAAGCAUCUCUGAGAGAAAUACGUAGGGAAGGGAACGAAAUGUAAACGUUUUCGUGAGAACGACGGUAAACGGGUACCGUAAGCCGUUAGAGUUUAGCACACUCUAACAUAGUUUGAUCUUUCACUCGUUUUUAUUCCAGUGCUCUUUUCUUCUUCUUUUCUUGACCAGUUGACUGAAUUCAGGAAGGCACCACACUGUAAGGAAAAUGACUGGGGGUUUUAAGAUCUGGUAAGUCGAGAAACUAUGAUACAUGAAUGAAGUAACGUUUAGAGCUGGUACACCUACUUCUUGACCAUAACCCAGCCUAAAAUAUUUAACUUGAAGGAUACAUUACCCGUAUACAACACUCUGACUCGUGUACUGUAAGUUGCAAAAGCAAAUCCAAAGUGAUCAUAAUGGACGCCAGACAGAACAAGUCGCGAUGUGUUACAGCUUUGCGACAAAUCCAGUGAAGAAGCCUUUGCGGAAAACGCCUUCAUCAAGUUUUGGAAAUUCUAAUCUAACAUUACAGUGUGGGUAGGGGUUAGGGGAAAGGGAACAGAUUAAAAUUUUUCUUUGAUGUCAUCUGAAUAUUUUUUUUUUUAAUUCGCUGAAUCGUUUUCUUCUAUUCUUAACGCAGUUUAAGAGUACCUUUCGAAUCCAGCUGCUGGAAUUUUUUUAACACUGAACGACUGGACCACCAGGUGGUGGAAACACUGAAAGAAUAAACCAAUACCAAAAACAAAAAACCAAAAAAGGAGACCAUUGAAAUGCCACAGCUGAAGUAAACGACACUUCUAACCCUGGAGCUGAGCUGGAACAAAUUAACAUUACCUUUCUGGAUGCUUGUGAAAAUCAUUCGUGCGUUUUCGUGCGAUCAGGUUUUUUUUCAUUUUGCGCCAAACUUAUAGCUAGCAAUCCAGAUCCUCUUGAAAAAAAAUAGUACUAACCUUGAUUUUUUUUAUGCAGUUUAAGUCGAGUUUUGAAUUUUCCGACCCUUAAUUUAAAACUCGAGCUAUGAGGGAAGCCUCCGACAAAGUUAGAACAUUGUUUAUCAUUCAUAUUCCUGCGGAGAAAAUUGUCCGUCGAGUCGUGAGUCUGAAAUCUUUGAAAAUAUGGCAUAUUGCCACUUCACCUCCAUUGUUUAUUUUUUAACAAAAGUAACAUAACUAAUUGGUAGAAUGGCUAAGUAUUGAGUGUGACCAUAAGAGGAGAGGUUGAAUGUAGAAUUUUGCUUAUGUAAUUAAAAAGGUGGG